AUGAGCUGCUGUUUUUUGCAGACGGUUGCAAAUUCUAGCAUGUUCCUUUGCAGCAAAGCAGAAGACACACCUUGUCGUUUGAAAGAUAAUUUGAUUAUGGCUUAUAAGUUAAUGUACAAACGGGAUCCUUUGGCUUCACGAAGAAUCAGGGAGAGGAAGGAAUUAAUCUUAACUGGGGAGAGGCUCCUACUAGUUGCUGUUGCUUUUGAUCUCAAUAUUGAACACCCUUAUAAGCCACUUGUUGCAGCUAUGAAGAAUUUGAAAAUUUCAGAGGCCAUCCAACACAUGCUUGGAUCCCUAGGGAUGAAUACCGAGCAGGCAUUACCGUCAUCAUUUAGUGGGAAAUCAAAACCAAAACCUCUGGCUGGAGAAGGAAAAUCCAAUAGUGCAGAAUCAUGCAUUUCAAGUGACUCUGUCAUCAGGCAAGAUUCAAGCAAUAUUUCAUUGGCAAAUGCAACUGCACUUCCUAAAUCUGCAACUGCCGAAUGCAAUCAGAAACAGUCAUCUGUUGAAGAAAGUUAUCAGAAUAUUGAUAUUACUAUGGCUCCGGGCAGUGCAGAAUCAUGCAUAUCAAGUGGCUCAGUCGUCGUGCUAGAUUUGCGAGAUCCCAUUUACAUGUGCUGGAGAGAACUCCGAUUCUGUAAUUGCCAAAAGCAACCAGAAACGGCCAUGUCCUGA